AAGAAAAAUCCGAUUCUACUGAAGUUGUGCCAGUGUAAUGCACAAUUGCUAAGGGAAACUUUUAAUGGCCUGAGGAGUGAGAAAAGGUUUCUACAGUGGGCUGUGAUUGGACAGUGAUUACAUUUCAGAGUGAUUUUGGAAGAAAUAUGGGUCGCUCUUCCAAAGACAAACGCGAUAUAUACUACAGAUUGGCUAAAGAGGAGGGCUGGAGAGCAAGGAGUGCCUUCAAACUUCUUCAGCUGGACGAAGAGUUCAGUCUCUUUAAAGGUGUGAGUCAUGCUGUGGACUUAUGUGCUGCUCCUGGUAGUUGGAGCCAAGUUCUGAGUCGCAAACUCCGAGGAAAAGGGUCAAGUGAAGAGGUGAAGAUUGUAGCAGUGGAUCUGCAGGCUAUGGCACCUCUGCCAGGUGUCACACAGAUUCAGGGGGACAUUACCAAGAUUUCCACAGCUCAGGAGAUUAUCAGGCACUUUGAGGGACAGUCUGCAGACCUGGUGGUAUGUGAUGGAGCCCCUGAUGUUACAGGACUGCAUGAUGUCGAUGAGUAUAUUCAAGCACAGCUCUUACUAGCAGCUCUUAAUAUUACAACACAUGUCCUGAAACCAGGGGGAAACUUUGUGGCAAAGAUAUUCAGAGGAAAGGAUGUGACACUGCUUUACUCUCAGCUUAAAAUAUUCUUCACAUCAGUGACCUGCGCCAAACCACGCAGUAGCCGUAACUCCAGCAUAGAAGCAUUUGUAGUGUGCCAGAAUUACUCUCCACCUGAAGAAUAUGUCCCCAACAUGUCCAACCCAUUACUGGAUCACUCAUAUGAUGUAGAUUUUAACCAGCUAGAGGGUCCAAACCGGAUCAUUGUGCCUUUUCUUGCGUGUGGAGAUCUCAGUGCGUUUGACUCAGACAGGACAUACCCCCUUCAGCUUGACUCAAGUAAGGAGUAUCAGUAUUUACCACCCACCCAGCCUCCAAUUCAACCUCCCUAUCAACAAGCCUGUCACCUCCGGAAAAAUAAAUUGCUGGCCAACGAGGACUCACCUUCUGUAUUUCUAGAUGGCGCACUUUCAGCCAUGAGCCUUGGCAACAGUGAGGUAACAGACAGAACAACUCAAGGAACUUCUUGAUCAGUCCAAAACUUCAGUCAUUUUAAUGUAACAUAAAUUUCAUUCAAAUUGAAAUAUUGGUCUAUUUCAGUAUUUUAUCUGUCCUUUUUUAACUGAACACUUUAAUUUUGACAUUUUGCUGUUAUCUGUUAAUAAACAGUUUAAUAAAAUCUUCCAGCUCA